AUGUGCUCACCUUAUUUUCGACAGUUUCCUGAACUACCUGCCGAGCUACGACUGCAAAUAUGGCAAGAGGCCUGUCUUUCGUUUCCGCCUUCUCGUCGCGGUUUGCAGUAUGUCACUGUUCAACAAAAGGAUUACGACAUCGAGGCAGCCGCUAUACCCUGCGAUUGGCCUAGUUGGCCUCGGUCACUAUCACAAAACACCAAUAGAUCUGCCUACUUCCUCAACGGUGGGCUUUGGAAGGCGUGUAAAGAGUCGAGACAAGUCAUCGCUGCGCAUACAGAGUACUACAGGUGGCUCCAGAUACACAGGCAACCUAUUCAGGACACUCGGGAACUUAUCCGACGCCAGCCCAGUUCUUCUCGUAUUGAUCUGAUCCAUAUACUUCGGGACCUGCCCUUGGAAAAAGCUCAAAAUCAACAGCCCAGUUCACAUCAUGGCCCUCCCCCUGCAAUCAUCGAUUACGAUGGUGAAGGUGGAGAAGAGUGCCGAAUGCUCGUCUACCCCUCUAGGGAUAUGUUUUGCAUCAAGGUCGACGAUUGGAAACCGCUCCGCCGAGGCCGCUAUCCCGACAUACAAAUGCCGUUUAUCCGCUAUAACGACGAUGACGAAGAUUACUUUCAGUGGUGGUCACAUAAUCGAUAUCGGUCGCUAUUCAAACAGCCCAACAUCCAGGACAUUGCACUUGAGUUUGAUCCUAGUUGGGUUACAGACAUCCCCGAUUUCUAUCUGGACAUGAUGCGGGAGAAUUCUGCACGGGGAUACUUGGUGGAUUGGCUGUAUGAGAAUGCCAUACUCUGUGAUGAAGGCUUAUCGAUUAUUGAUGACGAGGCGAAGUGGUUUGCGAAGCGUCCUGCUGAAACCGUGUACCGGGACUUUGAUACUGAGUAUAUCAAGAUCAGUUGGGAGGAUGUCGCUGAUUAUACAUAUGAGGGACACUCCCCCAAUGCAGCGGCCUUUAUGAACAAAAUUCGCCAUUACGAGGACGACAUUUACCCAGAGCCUGAGAGUUAUGGUUAUAUACUGGGUCCUUGGGGUCCCUACUUUAGAGAUGUCAUCAAUCUUGUUGUUUGUCGAGAUAACGAAGCUUCAGAUGUCGUGGAACAGAUCCGCACCCUAACCAACCGCGAGGAUGUGGAUGUCCUGGAAACCCUUGCAUCAUCAUACCUUAUCAGUGACUGGGCGGUGUAA